AUGAGGAAAUUUGAAGAUGAAGUCUAUAACUUUAAGUGUACUUACUGUAAUGCAGCCAAACUUGUGCACACACCUCUCACUGACAAGUGCUACCUCACUCUCACACAAGGAAUGUACAUGGGAAUGGGAGGUAAUCCGUACGGACCUGCUGGAACCGGAAAGACCGAGUCAGUCAAGGCUCUUGGAGGACUGUUUGGACGCCAAGUGCUUGUUUUCAACUGUGAUGAGGGUAUUGAUGUGAAGUCAAUGGGAAGGAUCUUCAUUGGCUUAGUAAAGUGUGGAGCUUGGGGUUGUUUUGAUGAGUUCAACCGGUUGGAGGAGGCUGUGUUGUCAGCUGUUUCAAUGCAGAUCCAAACAAUCCAAGCAACAAUGAAAAGCAGGAAACCAACUUGUGAACUUCUUGAUAGAACUAUUGAUAUUGACCCCAAUUCUGGUAUAUUCAUCACUUUAAACCCGGCUGGAAAAGGUUACGGUGGUCGUCAGAAACUUCCUGAUAACUUGAAGCAGCUAUUCAGACCGGUGGCAAUGUCACGGCCUGACAUUGAGCUGAUUGCAGAGGUCAUUCUCUUUUCGGAGGGUUUCAAAGAAGGAAAGGAACUAGGCAGAAAACUUGUGGCCAUUUUUAACCUCUCCAAGGAGCUUUUAACCCCCCAGCAGCACUAUGAUUGGGGACUAAGAGCCUUGAAGACUGUGCUACGAGGCUGUGGUAAUAGGCUGCAACAAGCUAGGCAACAGGCCAAUGAAGCAGAAGAUAAAGGUCCUGUAAAAAUCGAAGAGAGUAAGCUAGUAGUGCAGGCCUUGAGGGUGAACACACUCUCCAAGCUGACAUUCUCCGAUGCUAAACGAUUUGAUGCACUGGUUAGGGACGUCUUCCCAGGAGUUGAACUUAAGGACAUAGAAUUUGAAAAACUCUCAAAUGCUCUCAAAGAGGUCUGUGCAGAAAGUAAUCUGGUUGUCAUGGAGACACAGAUAAAGAAAGCGAUGGAGCUGUACGAACAGCUACGCCAGAGGACAGGAGUUGUGGUGGUUGGUCCCAGUGGGUCUGGGAAGUCUACCACAUGGAAGAUGUUGCGUUCUGCUCUAGGCAAGAUUGGGCAGCAGGUGAAACAGUAUACGAUGAAUCCCAAAGCUAUCCCAAGAACCCAGCUACUCGGACACAUUGAUAUGGACACCAGAGAAUGGUCAGAUGGGGUACUGACCAGCAGUGCUAGACAAGUGGUCAGGGAGCCUCAAGAGGUUCAGUCAUGGAUAAUCUGUGAUGGCGAUAUCGACCCUGAAUGGAUUGAGUCAUUGAAUUCGGUCCUUGAUGAUAAUCGACUGUUGACGAUGCCUUCGGGAGAACGUAUCCAGUUCGGUCCCAACGUCAACUUCUUAUUUGAGACACAUGACCUUAGCUGUGCCUCCCCUGCUACCAUCUCUAGGAUGGGUAUGAUAUUUCUGAGUGAUGAAGAUGUCGAUGAUAAGAAGUUGGUGAAGUCUUGGAUGAAGAAAAACCCAGAAGAAAACCGGAACCAACUAGAAGGCUGGAUAGAGGAUCAUUUCUUCCGUGGUCUGCAGUGGGUAUUAGCAAAGAAUGACUUUGUGGUUGAGACCAGUAAACUGGGGGUAAUAUGGAAUGGUCUGUCCCACCUGUGGGGGGUGGCUAGUAAGCCCCAGUUUACCGUGUCUCUCAUUAGAGGUCUGGGAAGUAACUUGAACGAAGCUACUCGUGAGGAAUUUGCUAAAGAAGUUUUCAACUGGACACGAGAGAUGCCCCCUGACCCCAGAAGACCCCUUGAUACGUACUAUGAUGAACGCACAGAGAGCUUGAUGUCAUAUGAGUUGCAGGUUUCUGAAAAUCUGAAUGCAGAUGAUUUUUCAUCGUCGGAAUCUCUACCUGUGAUCAGUACGCCGUGCGUUCAGCGUUGCUUUGAUUACCUUGCACCAUGGUUGAAACCAGAAAACCGUCAACCAUUCAUACUGGUCGGCCCGGAUGGUUGUGGAAAAGGGAUGGUACUGAAACACUGCUUCUCUCAGAUGCGAUCAGUCCAGAUUGCCACAGUUCACUGCAGUGCUCAGACCUCACCCACCCACAUCCUUCAAAAGCUUCAGCAGACUUGCAUGGUCAUCAGCACAAACACAGGCCGCGUCUACCGGCCAAAAGACUCUGAAACCCUUGUCCUCUACCUCAAAGAUCUGAACCUACCAAAGCCUGAUAAGUGGGGAACCAGUCAACUCACUGCUUUCUUACAACAGGUGUUGACAUAUAAUGGGUUUUAUGACACAAACUUGGAAUGGGUCGGUCUGGAAGGAGUUCAAAUUGUUGCGAGUAUGAACGCAGGACACACUGUAGGACGCCACCAGCUCACUUCCAGAUUUACAUCUAUUGUACGCAUUUGUUGUUUAGGUUAUGCUGACCAGGAUGAGCUCCAGUCCAUCUACAGUGCAUACUUGAGACCUGUGCUCCAUCAAAGCCUGGAGAGACAUGUAGUGUGGGGAUCUGCUGGACGAGUCCAUCAACUUGCUGGCUCUAUGAUCCAAGUCUAUGAGCAGGUGCGAUCCAGAUUUACUGUUGAUGAUUACAGUCAUUACCUAUUUACGCCUCGUGACUUGACACAGUGGGUGCUGGCUCUUCUACGGUACGACCUCAAUGCUUCAAUGUCUGAGGGUACUAGUGACUAUGUCCUUGAGGUGUGGGCCUAUGAGGCAAGGAGGCUGUUCCGAGAUCGACUUGUUGGUGAGAAGGGAAUGGCAGCAUUCGAGAGCAUCUUGAUGGGAGUUCUCCAAGCGGAUUGGAAUGCUGGACACAUUUUAGAUAGUCUCAAUGAUAAUUACUUUGUGACGUGGGGAGCAAGGGCUGAAGCGGGCAGCAGUGCAGGUGCUCCUCUGCCCCCGAAUGGAAAAGCUCUUGGACGGCUCAGCUCAAAGGAUUUGAAGGAAGUGAUCGAGAAAGGUGUUCUUGAUUAUGGCCGUGAGACUCGCGAGUUGGAUCUGCUUAUAUUCCGUGAGGUUCUUGAACACAUUGCUCGUGUUGACAGGGUUCUGACCCAGCCUGGGGGCUCUCUUCUUCUUGCUGGGCGUAGUGGAGUUGGCAGGAGGACUGCAGCUAAUCUGGUGUCGUUUAUGCAUCGCGCACAGCUCUACACGCCAAAGAUGUCCAGGAACUAUGGAUUGAAACAGUUUAAAAAUGAUCUGAAGAAUGUGAUGCAGUUGACAGGCAUUGAAGGAGAGCAGGUGGUACUGAUGCUGGAAGAUCAUCAGUUUGUGUAUCCCCAGUUCCUUGAGAUCAUCAACAGUCUGCUGUCAUCUGGAGAGGUUCCAGGAUUAUACACACCCGAGGAACUUGAACCCCUGCUGGCGCCGAUAAGAGACAGGGCAUCUGAGGAAGGGUUUCGAGGGGCUUUGGCAAACUAUUAUGCGUCAAGAAUUCAAAUCAAUUUGCAUAUUGUCCUGGUGAUGGACUGUGCAAAUCCUAUGUUUGCUGUCAACUGUAAAAGUAACCCUGCCUUCUACAAGCGCUGCUCGGUCCAAUGGAUGGAAGGAUGGAGUCAGAGAAGCAUGGAAAAGAUUCCAAAAGACCUUUUGACAAGACCGAUCAAGAAUGAUGACCAAGUGGCACUGACUGCGAAAGAGAAGAAGAAACACCGGAGGAAACUCUCAGGUGGAGAUGAACUGGUGAAGAACUUCUUAGAGAUUCACAAGUCAAGUGAUCAUCUGCAUGCCACUCCAAGACGUUACAUGACAUUCCUGCAUACGUACCGAGCUGUGUACCACAAGAAGAAGUCAGGUGUGGAGAACAAAAGAACUCAUCUGAAGGCUGGUGUGUCAAAGUUAGAAGAGGCUAAAAGAACAGUAGCCGAGCUAAAGACAAAAGCUAAUGAGCAGAGUAAGCUGCUAGCUGUGAAGCAAUCAGAGGCUGAUGCUGCCCUGGAGCAGAUUGAACGCAAUAUGCAGAGUACCGGUGAGCAAAGAAAGGAGAUAGAAACACUGCAGAGCAAGGCGGCAGAAGAGAACAAAAAACUGGAAAAGAGAAAGAUAACCAUUGAGAAGGAGUUAGCAGAGAUUGAGCCAAGAGUGAGGGAAGCAAAGCAAGCGGUUGGUAGCAUUAAACCAGAGAGUCUCUCAGAAAUCAGGGCUUUGAGAGCACCACCUGAAGUGAUAAGGGACAUUCUUGAGGGUGUGCUCCGUCUUAUGGGUACUUUCGAUACGUCUUGGGUGAGCAUGAAAAGUUUUCUUGCAAAGCGAGGUGUAAAGGAAGAUAUAUCCACAUUUGAUGCAAGGAAGAUCACUCCAGAGAUCCGUGAGAGUGUAGAAGAACUACUGGUCAAAGACUCAUUCUCACAAGAAAAAGCUAAGCGUGCAAGUGCCGUUGCUUUGCCACUAGCAAUUUGGGUAAAAGCUAAUGUAAUGUACUCACAUGCCCUAGAGAAGAUUGCCCCUCUUGAAAAAGAACAAGCAGAACUUCAGAGGUGAAAGAACUUGAAACUGAACUUGAGACGCUUCCCAAGAAAGCUCAAAUCGCUGCUGGUUUCACUACGUACUUAUCAGCCGCUCCAGAAGACGAGCGCCGUGCCACACUCACGUCGUGGCUGGAGAAGGUUGACCUCCAAGGCUUUGACAUGCGUCGGUUCUUGAGCACAGAAAGUGAGCAGUUGAUAUGGAAAGGGGAAGGACUUCCAAGCGAUAACCUGUCCAUGGAGAAUGCUGUCAUUGUUCUACAGAUCAAUGAUCUAGGUGUAGGGAACUCUCUACGUCCAUUCCUUGUGGAUCCAUCCUCAAGGGCGACUGAAUGGCUAAAAACUCACCUGAAAGAACAAAGAUUAGAAGUCAUCAAUCAACAGGAUGCAAAUUUCAGUACUGCAUUGGAGCUUGCGGUAAGGUUCGGCAAGACACUGAUCAUACAGGAAAUAGACAAGGUUGAGCCGAUGCUGUACCCGUUACUACGAGGCGACCUCAUCAGCCAAGAGCUGCUUGAAUUAAUACAUUAUCUUCUGUCGUGGUUUGUGGUUUUAGUGAGUCUACUGGCGAUGACCAUUCAGCAUGAGAAACCUGAGCUUGAGGUGCGCAAGACAGAGCUUCUGAAGCAAGAGGAGGAUCUCAAGAUCCAACUGGCCAAACUGGAGGAGUCUCUACUGGAGACUUUGGCCCAAGCUGAGGGGAACAUUCUGGAGAAUAAGAAUCUGCUGGACUCUUUGAACAAGACCAAGGAAAGCAGUCAAACCAUUUCAAAUUCUCUAUCAGAAUCUGUUGAACUGCAGACAUCUCUGGAUCAGGAACGUGAUGCAUUUCUGCCCUUGGCAGAGAAUGGUAGCACCCUAUUUUUCGUUAUCAGUGACCUUGCAAAGCUGAAUAACAUGUAUCGCUUCAGUUUAGGAGCAUUCUUGAGAAUCUUCUCCCGUGCAUUACAGGGAAAGACCGAUGGAAGCAGUACUGAAAUGAGGAUCCAACGCCUGAUCAAAUGCCUUCAAGAUCUCGUCUAUGAGUAUGUGUGUCGCUCUCUGUUUAAGUCAGACAGGCUGAUGUUUGCUCUUCAUUUGGCACACGGGAUGCAUCCAGAGAUGUUCCAGGAAAAUGAAUGGGAGGCAUUCAUUGGUCAGAUUGUGUCAGACAUCAAAGCUGAUGGACACAGAGAGAAGGAUUCCAUCCCGAACUGGAUUGAUCAGGACAGGUAUCAAGAUGUCAAUGUCAUCAAGAGUAACUUUACUGCUCUGUAUCAGUCGUUGAGCUUUGGAGACAGUGGGUUGUGGUCUGGCUUCUCCAGGAGUUCACAGUGCGAGAUGGAAUUUCCAAAUGCUCUUCAGAAGAAAGUUUCUCCAUUUCAACAGUUACUUGUUAUUCAAACUGUUCGGCCUGAUCGUCUACAGAGCGCCAUGGGUGUGUUUGCCUGUAAAGCUCUAGGUAUGAAGGAGCUGUCUCCACCAUCAUUAAACCUGAAACGUCUGUAUCCAGAGACAGUGUCAUCGGAACCAAUACUCAUCAUCAUCUCUCCUGGUGCCGAUGCCUCGGAAGAGCUUCAAGAACUUGCUGAUGAGAUCAUAGGCACUGACAAGUACCACCAGGUUGCCAUGGGACAGGGGCAGGCCGAUAUUGCUAUGCAGUUACUUCAUGAAUGUGCCAGGAAUGGAGAGUGGCUUUGUCUUAAGAACCUCCACCUUGUCACUGCUUGGCUCCCAGUCUUGGAAAAGGAGCUGAACUCUCUUGUAACCCAUGACAGCUUCAGGUUGUGGCUGACUGCUGAGAGCCACCCCAAGUUCCCAACCAUCUUGUUGCAGUCCAGUCUGAAAGUGACCUAUGAGGCACCACCAGGCAUCAAAAAGAACCUCCAGCGUAGCUACGAUUCCUGGUCAACAGACUUCGUCGGCAAGAAUAACAAUGUCAUUCGUGCACAAGCUCUUUUUGCUCUGGCAUGGUUCCACGCUGUCUGUCAGGAGAGAAGAAAUUUCAUUCCACAAGGAUGGACAAAGUUCUAUGAAUUCUCCAUGUCAGACCUCAGAGCUGGGGCUGACAUCAUAGACAGAAUCUGCUCGAAGUCUUUGAAAGACGUUUCUUGGGACUUCAUACAUGGCUUAUUUGAGAAUGCAAUUUAUGGUGGCCGAGUCGACAACACAUUUGAUUUGCGAGUGUUGCAGUCAUACCUCACUCAGUAUUUUAACAAGGACGUGUUGAGUGGGGGUAAAGCACGCAAGAAACUAACAGCGAAUAUAUCCCUUCCUACCACUUGUUACUACAAGGACUUCACAGAUCUUGUUGCCAACUUCCCCGAGAAUGACAAGCCAUCAUUCUUUGGAUUGCCUGCAAACAUUGAACGCUCAACGCAGCGCUUUAUAAGUGGACAGGUUAUAUCACAGCUGAAGGUCCUCCGACGGCUGGAUGUAGAAGCUGGAAAAUUUGAUAAAGAGAAAUGGUCGAGUGAACUUUCACCUGUGCUGUCUCUGUGGAAGAAAUUAAACCAGGGUUCACAGCUUAUCCAUGCUAAGGUUCAGCUGCCAACAGACAAGUCCGGAACUGAGCCACCGAUUAAUUCCUUCAUCCUACUGGAACACUAUAAUGCUAUUCAACUUGUCCAGUACGUCCACUCUACUCUGGCUAGCCUUAGUAAAGUGAUCCGAGGCUCGAUUCUACUAACCAGUGAAGUCAGUGCUCUUGCUAUGAGUCUUUUAAACCAAGAGGUACCUCUUACUUGGCAGAAGAAGUGGGAUGGUCCAGAAGACCCAAUCCACUACAUGAGGACCUUAGUGGCACGUACCAUUGCUUUACAGGGGUGGGUGCAGAAGGUGCAAUCCAAUUCUCUUUUAUCUGACACCGUGGAUCUCUCAGAACUUUUCCACCCAGACACAUUCCUGAAUGCUCUUCGCCAGCAAACAGCAAGAGAGAGCAAGUCGUCCAUGGAUGGGCUGAAAUUUGUCUGCAAAUGGGCAGGAGGAAUCCCUGGUACCAAACAAUCAGUAAAGAUUGGAGGACUCCAGCUCGAGGGUUGUACCUUUGAUGGAAACAUGUUGACAGGCAACCAGCCUAACUCCCCCAGCGUGUCCUCUGUGCCUGCCUGCACGGUAGCCUGGGUAGCUAAGGACACGAGUGACCCGUACAGCCCCAGCGAGUGCAUCUCCCUGCCUGUGUACUUCUCGGCCGAGAGGGAGAAGAUCGUCACUAAGCUGAAGUUACCAUGUGGAGUAAACCAGGAAUUGUGGAUACAAACAGGAGCCGCGUUAUUCUUAAAGAGUGUUUAGAGUAAUUAGGGGGUUAGGGUAAAAUAAACUGUGUAACAUUACAAUGUUGUGUACUGAUUUAUUCAGAAAUUUGAAUAUAAUAAUAUGCAAUGAUAAUGGCCGUAUUCGACUGGUUGUUCUUAUUAAACCACGCCCACCUGCGCAGUGGUAAAAUCCUACU